AUGGCCACAUACGAGGAGUUCAUCCAGCAGAAUGAAGACCGCGAUGGCAUACGGUUCACUUGGAACGUAUGGCCAUCAAGUAGAAUUGAGGCUACGAGGCUUGUUGUGCCUUUGGCUUGCUUGUACCAACCGCUUAAGGAGCGCCCCGACCUACCACCGAUACAGUACGAGCCUGUACUCUGUACACGAAAUACAUGCAGAGCUAUAUUGAACCCAAUGUGCCAGGUGGAUUACAGAGCUAAAUUAUGGGUCUGCAACUUUUGCUUCCAACGAAACCCAUUUCCACCUCAAUAUGCUGCUAUAUCAGAACAGCAUCAACCCGCAGAACUGAUUCCUAACUUUUCCACCAUAGAGUACACAAUAACGCGAGCACAGGCUAUGCCCCCAAUCUACCUGCUUGUUGUUGAUACUUGUUUAGAUGAGGAAGAACUUGGGGCACUCAAAGAUUCCUUGCAGACUUCACUUAGUUUAAUGCCUCAAAAUGCACUCGUUGGACUAAUAACAUUUGGUAAAAUGGUACAGAUUCAUGAAUUAGGUACAGAAGGCAUAUCAAAAUGCUAUGUUUUCAAAGGAACAAAAGAUUUGUCAGCAAAGCAAAUUCAAGAGCAACUAGCUAUUGGCCGUGUGAAUGCACCAAAUCCUCAGCAGCAGCGUCCUGGUGCUCCUGUUCCACAGCCUCCAGCCCACAGAUUCUUGCAGCCAGUCAAACAAUGUGAUAUGUCAUUAACUGACCUGCUCGGUGAACUUGGGAGGGAUCCUUGGCCCUUAGGUGUUGGAAAGAGACCCUUACGUAGUAGCGGAGUAGCACUUUCAUUGGCUGUUGGAUUACUGGAAGUUACAUAUCCCAACACCGGCGCCAGAAUCAUGAUGUUCCUAGGUGGACCAUGUUCUCAGGGACCAGGUCAGGUUGUGAAUGAUGAGUUGAAACAGCCCAUCCGAUCCCAUCAUGACAUUCAUAAGGAUAAUGCUAAAUAUAUGAAAAAGGCUAUUAAACAUUAUGAAGCUUUGUCUCUAAGAUCAGCAACAAAUGGUCAUUCUAUAGAUAUUUAUUCAUGUGCUUUGGAUCAGACUGGCCUGAUGGAAAUGAAACAAUGCUGUAAUUCUACUGGAGGUCACAUGGUGAUGGGAGACUCGUUCAAUUCAUCUCUGUUCAAACAGACGUUCCAAAGAGUGUUUGCUAAAGACACAAAAGGAGAUUAUAAGAUGGCAUUCAACGGUACUUUAGAAGUCAAAUGUAGCCGUGAACUGAAAAUAUCUGGUGCGAUUGGUUCCUGCGUGUCUCUGAAUGUGAAGGGACCGUGCGUAUCUGAUCAGGAGGUCGGAAUGGGCAAUACGUGUCAAUGGAAGCUAUGUACUUUCACCCCCAGUACUACCAUGUCCAUAUUCUUUGAGGUUGCAAAUCAAGCUUCGACGGUACCCCAAGGUGGUCGCGGCUGCGUACAGUUCAUCACGCAGUAUCAGCACUCGAGCGGACAGAGACGCGUCCGAGUCACAACAGUGGCUAGAAACUGGGGUGACGCAGCGGUGAGUCUCCAUCACAUAGCGGCCGGCUUCGACCAGGAGGCGGCCGCCGUGGUGAUGGCGCGGCUCGUGGUCUACCGCGCCGAGAUCGAGGAUGGACCUGACGUGCUGCGCUGGCUCGACCGGAUGCUCAUACGAUUGUGCCAGAAGUUCGGUGAAUACGGCAAAGACGAUCCGAACAGCUUCCGUCUGUCGGAGAACUUCAGUCUGUACCCGCAGUUCAUGUACCAUCUGCGACGCUCACAGUUCCUUCAGGUCUUCAACAACUCACCGGACGAGACCACAUUCUAUAGGCACAUGUUGAUGCGUGAAGAUCUGACCCAGUCUCUGAUCAUGAUCCAGCCGAUCUUGUACUCGUACAGCUUCGGAGGUCCCCCGGAGCCGGUCCUCCUGGACACGUCCUCCAUACAAGCGGACCGCAUACUCCUAAUGGACACCUUCUUCCAAAUAUUGAUAUAUCACGGCGAGACGAUAGCACAAUGGCGGGCGCUUCGCUACCAAGACAUGCCGGAGUACGAGAGCUUCGCGCAGCUGCUGCGGGCGCCCGUGGACGACGCGCAGGAGAUACUGCAGAGCAGGUUCCCGGUGCCCCGGUACAUCGACACGGAGCACGGCGGCUCGCAGGCUCGUUUCCUCCUGUCCAAGGUGAAUCCAUCGCAGACCCAUAACAACAUGUACGCAUACGGCGGGGCGAUGCCGAUACCAUCUGCGGACGGUGGCGCUCCCGUGCUGACCGACGACGUCUCGCUGCAAGUUUUCAUGGAACAUCUGAAAAAGUUGGCCGUCUCUUCGACUGCUUAAUUUUUCCUAUGAAACUAAAACUUUUCCCUAUAUUGAUCAAACGUUACAAAGUUGACAACACCGAACUUAGGCUGAUGACAAGUGACAGACGACAAAGAUGACAGUUGACAAGUGAUUUCUCGAAUACGAGCUGCGAGGUCAUCGUACGAUUUCGGUGUGCCAGAACACUUCUAAGAUCUUCGACUGUUUAUAUAGAAGCCUAAUAUUUCAACCUUGAAGAAGGCUUGGACUUUUCGAGUGUUAAAACUAGGCAAUAAUGUUCUGACAUUCUCGAAGUUCGUAUUCAAGAGACUGCCUUCGUCUAAGUCAAACCUUUCCGUAGUCAACUGUGAUUCGUGACAAACACUGUAGCUUUAACGAAAUGGCUUUUCAAACGGACCUUUAUUAUUUCGUUAGAUAGUAUAUCGGAUUGAAUGCUUCGUGCACAGAUGUGAUCGCGGGACAUAAGAAAGUUCGAGUGUUACUUAAAUCCAAUUAAAUUUGUUUACGUAUAGAUCUUAGUUGUAAUUCACUCAUAUAAUGAAAUAGUUUUUACACAGGUGUCUAAGAGGAAUUCGUUGCUUACCUGUUAAACUUUUGCUUUUGUCGGUUUUGAGGGUAUAGGGAUCACUUUCAUUAACCAUUCGCUCCUGAAGUAUUCUUAUGUAUACUUUAGAUAAAGAGCUCUACCGUUUAACGAAUGUUUUUGAGGUCACAAUUGAACCUCCUGUGACUUAGAACACCUGGAUGUUGGUACUGGUAUGCUGAAGAAUGUUUGGCCUCUGGCCACUUGAGAUGCUGUUAAUGGGAUUCUUAGUAUUGGAUGAUAAUAAGCUUGAGGUGACUCAGAAAA